AUGGCGCAUCAUCACCAGCACCCUCCUCCGUCGCAGUUCGCCGGCGGGGAGGUCUUCGAGAUGCCCGCCGACACGGUGGCGCCCAAGACGGAGCCGCUGCCGCAGGCGAAUCCAUGGCCGUUUUAUCUGGACCAAGACGUGCGGACGGAGGCGCGAGUUGAUAAGAAGGAGGAGGAAGGGGGGGAGAAGGGCGCUGGGAGAAAUGCGAAAGUCACUGAGCAGCCGUUGGCAAAUCCGUGGGCGUAUUUUGGGCCGAUGACGCCGGAUGAAGAGAAGAGUGAAGAACAAGAUAUGGGUGGGCGUGAGCCUGCAGAGCAGAGUGUCGGUGGAUUGGGGAUCAAAAUGGAGCAGCUCAAGAUGGAGGAACAGAGAGAAUCUGAAGCAAAAGGCGAGGAUGCGGAGGAUGCUUCGCUACAGCCACUACCGCUGCAUCUCGGCGGCCAUGACAAGCAAGGCAGAGAUGAUGAAGCUCCUCCUCAUAAUGCGCCCCCUCCUGUACCAACAGCAUCACCACCAGCGGGGACAGACUACAUAGCACCUCUACGAUUAUCGAGAAAGCAGGUCCCAGCAUUCACAGUCGCGCCGGCCUUUAAGCCGUAUCUGCCGCCAGAAGAGAGCAACAAUACGACAGUUGCGCCGCUGAAGGUGACACACCACCAGAUGGCAUCGUCGGAGGGCCCCGAAGGCGGUUCAGGUGCGCUGCCGUAUCGGCCAUAUCGCCCUCCUGGAUAUGUCACGCCGCCUGGAUCGAAAGCAGACAAUGUGAUGGGACCUGCUGUGAUGCCAAUUCCUAGGCCCGCGUCAACAUCAUCAUCGACGCCAGCUUCGGCGCCGCCUCCGCUGCCGCUGAAUGCUCACGACUCUCUGGUCACUGGACCAGUUGCUGCUCAAGUAGCGCCGGCUUUGAAAACAUCAUCGCCGCUACCGUCGCCGAAUCUUGCGCCGCCGCCGCCGCCGCAGCAGCAGCAGGUUGUUGAGCCGUCUGGUUCGAAAGAAACUUCUUUGCAUGGAGCGGCGGCACCACAUCGCCCUUAUUCACCACAUAUAACGGCUGGUUCUCAUCCUCCUCCUGCUCCCAGUCUGCCUCCUCCUCCAGCUCCAGCUUCUGCUUCACCUCCUGCUGUUGCUCCUAUUGCUCCUCCUCCACCUCCUGCAUAUCCUGCACAUCCUGCACCUCCAGCUCCAGCUCCUCAUGUCCCAACGGUGGCGGUAGCGACAGCAGAACCUUCAGUGGCUGCCAUUUCAACUCUGUAUCAUGCUCCUCCUCCUGUGUCCCACACGACGAUUGCUCCUCCGCAUCGCCAUUCACCAAGUCCAUCGGCUUCGAGUCCUGUUCUAGGCCUACCUUCAAGCCCAAGUCCUGCCCUGGGCUACUCCCUAAACUCGAGUCCAACACCAGGACACCAAGCAUAUAUGACACCUCAUUCUGCGCCCGCUUCAGCUUUGCCCAGCCCGAACAUGACUACGUACCCUUUCCAACCCAUCGGCCAAAGUCAGCCGCAAAACAUGUAUCCUUCCUCAUCACCUCCUCCGCCAACAGGAUCUCCUGGCCACCCAGCCUCGAUGUAUUACCCACCUGCCCAGCAGUAUACACCUCCGCCACCAACUUCAAGUUAUGAUAUCCCACAACGUACUUAUGCGUCUUCAGCCGACAUUCCACCUCCUCAACCACCACGACCGCCUCAAUACCAACAGCCAUCACCAGGCGCAUACCAGCCCCAAGCGUCGCCACAGUCACCUUCGCCAUAUUCAUUCCCUGAUGCACAAAGGCCAGACACGCAGCCUCCUUAUGCGCAGUCUUCCAUGUACAACCUGCCAUACGGGCCGGCGGUAGCUCCUCACCAGCACCAAUAUCCAACUCAGCCAACCUACGCAACUCCCAAUAGCGAGGGUCCAUCUUCUCCAAACCCCCAGGAUUUAUACGCCGCGCCCCCGCUGCCGCCUCGCCCGGCAACGGCAACUGGCUGGGGCGCUCAGUCGCAGGUGGUCACGGGAUUCACACCGCACGUCGUGGCGUAUCCUCCGCCGCCGAAGAGAGUGUUUGAUCCGCCGCCUGCGGCUCCGGCUGGCCCGCCGAGGAAGUCAUCGGGCGGCAUGGGGAUGGGGAUGGGCAUAGGCAGUGGUAAGCUAUUUAGUAGCUCUUCGGCCUUGAAGUGGAUUGAUAAGAGGGGGAAGGGUUUGGAGAAUAGGCUUGAUUCUGUGCUUGGUUCGCAGAGCGCGUCUAAGCCGCCGCCUCAGCCGCCUCGUCCGACAUGA